AUGCAACAAGCCGGGCGCCGUGAACUACGGCAUACACGGAGGACGGCAUCGAAUCGAGAAACUUCUCCAAGUCAAAAUACUGCAGAUCGUCCAUCCAGCGCGGAAAUCGCGGGUUUGGUCGAGAUCUACUUGACCAAGAUACACGGUCAAGCUCACAGUAUCUUCCACCCCCCAACGCUGAGAUGCCAUUUGCGCAACGACUCGGUGCCCAAGGCGCUCUUGUACGCCAUGUCUGCCAUAGGAUGCAAGUUCUCGCCAGAUCCACAACACCGGGGUAUGGGACGCCAUUUGGCGUUGGAAGCCAAGCGUCUUCUCCAGGCUGACAUGGAGAACGUUUGCAUGGAGAACAUACAGGCGUGUAUUUUGGUUUCCAUGCUGUGUGCCGGGAACUGUGAGAUUUCGUCGGAAGCACUGUUCAUUCGCAUGGGGAUGAGCAUGGCACAGAUCAUGAAGCUCGACUCAGUCGCCAAUGACCAAACUUGCCCCAUCACCGUCAGCGAGACAGCUAGGCUAGUCUGCUGGACACUGUACCUGUCCAGCCAUCGGUGCUUCUCGGGGCUCGGGCUACCCUGCAGGUCAGACGAGUUCCGCCCUACAUGCGAGCUGCCCAUGGACGAGCUCGCCUUCGCCUCUCUCAACCCCGACCAGGCAAGACUGGAAAUCCCACGAAAACCAGGCCUCUGUGCCCAUAUGGUAACACUGGUGCAGCUAUCCGGACCCGUGAUGCAGCUCAACCGGCGUAUAUCGGAGCGGCCCGUGGCGCCGGAGGAGCUGGACAUCACCAUGAGGCGCAUCGAGGAGCAGCUCCGUGGGUGGCUUGACUCCCUCCCUGCCGACACCCAGAUGACGGUGCCGAAUCUACAUCGCCAUCAGCAGGACGGGCUCGGCGGCCUGUUCGUGGCGUUGCACCUGACGUUCCACUACUACUCGAUCCUGUUGUACUUUAGCUUCCUCGAGGAGGGGCAGGGCGAGGCGCCGACCUCCUCGUCUACUGGCGGCGGGGACUGCCCGUAUAUCGACCGCUGCAAACACCAGGCGUCCUCCUUUGGCGGCAUCCUCCACCUCUCGCGCCAGCUGGACGGAUGUCUGGUCAGCUACCCCGGAUUUAGCCACAUGAUUACCGUGUCCUCGGCUGUGCUGCUACAUACCUUGCUGUUGGGCGACGCAGGCGAAAUCCGUGAUGCGCGGCGGAAUCUGAAUGCCAACUUCGAGGCUCUUGUCGAGCUUCAACAGCCCUGGCCAGCCACAACAGCAGUGAUCGGCAGACUAAUGAAGUUUCAGCGGACUUGCCUUCUCUCUACCGAGUCUCAUAAGUUGGAUGGUUGGAUGGUUAGAUUUCUCCUGGAUCACGCUGUUGGACUCGAGGAGAGAUAUUCGGCAUCUGCGUCAUCACAUCAAAAUGUCGAAGACUAUGAGGAGACGUCCAAAACUAGGGAGCUGCGCGAAUCGGGUAGAUAUACCGAUUUUGACGCCCUUUAG